AUGAUGAAGAUGCCUUGGAGGAGGAAGAGCAGGAGCUUCCAUCUUCAACUACAAGGGGCAAUUGGUACCAUUCAAUCUCCAUUCCUAUUUUUACUUACCAAUUAUUGCCAUUCUUCUACUUCCACACUUGAAGAUGCACGCUUCUUGACAAAUAACUUCAAAUCUGCUUCUUUUACCCGCCUUCAUGAUGCCAUUGCUUCCUUUAAUCAUGUAAUUCAUAUGCAUCCUCUUCCUUCUAGGGCUCAAUUUAGUAGAUUCUUAUCUGCCCUUCUGAAAAUGAAACAAUAUCACACUGUCUUUUCCAUGUCCAAAACAAUUGAAUUGCUAGGAAUCUCACACGAUGUUUAUUCUCUUAGCAUCUUAAUUAAUUGCUUCUGCCACUUACACCUUGUGGAUUUUGGUUUCUCUGUUUUUGGUAAGAUGCUCAAAUUGGGAUUGGAGCCUGACGUUGUGACAUUUACUACCUUAAUUAAUGGGCUUUGUAUAGAGAGUAAAAUCAACGAAGCAGUGGAAUUUUUCGAUGAUAUGGUUGCACGAGGUUAUCAACCUGAUGUUUAUACUUACAACACUAUAAUAAACGGAAUCUGUAAAUUUGGGAAAACAAACGUGGCAAUUGGGCUGCUAAAGGGAAUGGCUGAUAGAGGUUGUGAGCCAGAUGUUGUGACAUACGGAGCAACCAUUGACGCCCUUUGCAAGGAUGAGCUAGUUGGUGAGGCUUUAGAGCUCUUCUCUCAAAUGAGGAAUAAGGGCAUUUCACCUAAUGUCAUCACUUACACUAGUUUAAUUCAUGGUGUUUGCAAAUUAGGCCAAAAGAACCAAGCUUUGGCCUUGAUGAAUGAAAUGGUGGAGCAGGACAUAUUACCAAAUGUUUAUACCUUCAAUGUAUUGAUUGAUGCUCUUUGUAGGGAUGGAAUGGUUUCAGAGGCUCAAAAUACAUUCAAUGUAAUGAUUCAAAGAGGUGUAGAGCCUGAUGUGGUCACCUACAAUUCCUUAAUUGAUGGUCUUUGCAUUUCAGACCAAUUCAAGGAAGCUUUGGCCUUGUUGAAAGCAAUGGUGGGGAGGAACAUAUCCCCUGAUGUUUUUACCUUCAAUAUUUUCAUCGACACACUUUGUAAGAAAGGACUGGUUUCAGAUGCACAGAAUAUAAUCAAGAUAAUGAUUCAAAGAGGUGUGGAACCUGAUGUUGUCAAUUAUAAUUCAUUGAUGGAUGGAUAUUGUCUGUGCAAGCAAAUUGAUAAGGCUAGAAAGCUAUUUGAUCUGAUGGUGACCAAUGAAAUAGCUAACAUUUUUAGCUACAACGUUUUGAUCAAUGGAUAUUGUAAGUGCAAAAUGAUAGAUGAUGCAAAGCAGAUUUUUGACGAAAUGUCUCAUAAAGGUUUAGUUCCUGAUGCUGUUACUUAUCAUACUCUUAUAAAGGGUAUGUUUCAAGCAGGGAGGCCCCAAACUGCAAAAGAGCUCUUUAAGGAUAUGUGCUCUUAUGGUCAACAACCAAAUAUAGUAACCUUCUCAAUUAUGAUUGAUGGCUUGUGUAGACAGGGGAAACUCGAUGAAGCACUCACCCUAUUGAAAGAAAUGGAGGAAAGUCAGUUGAAGCCUGAUCUUGUGACCUAUUGCAUUCUGAUCAAUGGUACUUGCAAGGAUAUGACUACAACUUCACCUUUCUAACCAUAAAGGGCGCAGGAUAGACAGUCCCAGAAUACAAGGUAAGAGAAUCACUAGACUUCUACAGCUGUUGGUUGGAUGAAAUGUCACUAAAAUUAUAAACUGAAAAUUUUAUGGGAAUUGAGGGAAAAGCAAACGUCCUCUUUGUCAAUAUGGUAUAUAACGGAUAUAUUUUAGUGUUGGACCACCAUUUGAGUUAUUUAUACGGUGCAUUUUGCGAUACAUUUGUGUGGUGUUAUGAAUGUGAAACACAUUGUUUCUUACUGUUUGAGAUGUUAGUCAAGUUAGGCAAGAAAAGUUGUUUGGGUUGUUUCUUUUCUCCUUUCAGCAGUAUAUAAUGAGUCAUUUUAUGUUUUUA